GACAGUGACGUGUUAUUCUUCUUCCGGUUUUUCUCUGUCAGGCAGAUUUAGCUUCAUGAGUUUAAAAGAAGUAAAAAUCCCUCUUAACUUUAUAUAAACACGUACAGUAACUACAAGGACAUGGCAUGUUCCAGAGUUCCUUUAGAUGAACAGCAUGUGACAGAAGUGUCAGGACCUCAGGGUAGAGAGAGAACACUCCCAGCUCUGCACCCGGAGCGUAAAGAGGACCGGGGGUUCGUGCCGUACACUCCGCCCCCUGAGGAUCACUCACCUGCUCAGGUGGAGGAGUUUUUGGAGCAUGCUCAGUUCAUCUCAGAGGAUCUGGAGUGGCUCCUCGCUUUACCUCACGACAAGUUCUGGUGUCAGGUGGUGUUUGAUGAGUCUUUACAGAGGUGUUUGGACUCGUACCUGCGUCUGGCUCCUCGUGGUAUCGACUCGUCCUGCCUCUCUCUCUCUCCGGCCGUGUCUGAGGCACAGCGCCAUCUUCAUCGCAGCGUCUUCAUGGUCUUCCUCAGGAUGGCAACGCACAAAGAGUCCAAGGAGAACUUCAUCACUCCUGCUGUGUUUGGAGAAAUUAUCUACGACAACUUCCUGUUCGACAUUCCCAAAAUCCUGGACCUGUGUGUGUUAUUCGGCAGAGGAAAUUCCCAACUGCUGCACAAAAUGAUCGAGAACAUCUUCAUGCAGCAGCCCAGUUACUACGGCGACCUGAACGACACCGUUCCCUCCAUCAUACAGGUGUUUAACACCAUCCUGGAGAGGUGUGGACUGCAGUCAGGGGACGCUGCUGACAACGAGCCUCUUAAACUGAGCACACACACACGCUUCACUGCCAUGACCAUGAGAGAGGAGGAUCUCUCAGACCUGGUGUUCUACCUGUGUGACACCUGCACCACUAUUCACUGCUUCCUGGACAUUUUCCCUAAAGCGUGUAACACCUUUCACCAACACGGCUUCCUCAACAGACUCUCCUCUUUCUAUGAGGCAGCGGUGCCUGAUCUGGAGAGAGCGGUGAGGAAGAGGAACUUCGAUAAGUGUGUACAGGAGGAUCUGUGGAGGAGGCUGUCUCACUCCUGCAGGAGAAUGGUGGAGGUCACACACACACUGCUCCAACACACCUGUCUACAGCCCAUACUGGAGGGCUCUGAGAACACUGCUGCUCAUGUGGAGGAUUUUCUCCAAACCUUCACAACAUUCCUUCAGGAGAAAAGGUUCCUGGCUGAUUAUGAUGAGGUGUAUCCUGUAGCUGAGGACAUCAGUCUCCUUCAGCAGGCCUUCCCUCACCUAGACGACACGCGGACGUCGUACCUGUUGCAUGGCGUUGACUCUGCAUGGGAAAGCGUGGGAAAGAAAAGACCUCACACCCUGUCAGCCAAUCACAGCGCAGAAUCCAGCAGCAAGGCAGGCUGGGAUACACAGUCCUCCCAGAACAUGGCAGACGAAAAGGGGGCGGAGCUUAAAGGGGCAGAGUGUAUGAUUGACAUUGCUCAAAAAGGAGAUAAUGGGGCAGUGUGCAGCGUGAGUGCUGGAGAGCUGGAGUCUCUGCUCUCUCACAUCAGAGACCUGCUGCCGGAUUUAGGGGAGGGGUUUGUGAUGUGCUGCCUGGAGACGUACGGCUACGACAGCGAGCUGGUCAUCAACAACAUCCUGGAGGACCGACUGACGCCUGAGCUGAGGAACCUCGACAGGAACAUGCCCAGGCCGGUGAAGGAAGCUCCGCCCACCGUGCUCAGCUCCAGAUCCAAUGUGUUUGAUGAUGACGAGUUUGACGUGUUUUCCCGGGAUAAGGUGGACGCGAGCCGUGUGUGGAGGGGCAGGAGACAGGGCGAGAGCGUGCGUGACACGCUCAAUGAUAAACAGCACAUUAACGAUCAGAGAGACAGAUAUCGCUCCUACCAGACGGUUGUGGAUGAGGUUCCCAUAGGAACGGACCAGUCCGGUAACCAAGGCAACGCUUACCUCAUGGAUGACUACGAUGACGAAUAUGACGACACGUACGACAUCAACCAGGUGGGAGCCAACGACCUGGACGAGGACGACGAGCUGCUGAACCGCAGGCCGUUUACGACCCCUCAGGUGCUCAGAGCAGGAAGGAUGGAGGAAGAGGAGGAUGAAGAAGAGGACAGAGAGGAAGAGGAGAAGGAGUCAGCAGUAAAGCGGGAUCAGUUUGUGCAGGACCCGGCCGUGCUGAGAGAGAGAGCCGAGGCCCGACGAGCCGCCAUGCAGAACAGGAGAGGCUACAGAGCUCCGCCCCCAAGCAACGUGGCGGGCGGGCCGAAGGGGCGGGGCCAGACUCAGGAAACGCUCCUGGAUCGCCGCAGGAAGGAAGCGAACAAGGGUCGAGGAGCCAAUCACAAUCGCCGAACGCUGGCGGACAGGAAGAGGAACAAAGGCAUGAUCCCGUCAUGAUGUGCUUCCGUUGCCAUGGCGAUAUGGAUCGUCAUCUAGUUGCCAGAUUUUUUUUUUUUAUAUAUAUUUUUAUUAACACACAGACGGGAUUACGUCCUGAUUCUGAUCCAGCGGGACUGAAACGGAACCAAAAACCCGUCAGCACUUUUUUUUUUUUUUUUAAAUUUAAGGAAAAGAAUUUGAUUUAAAUUUAAACGGAUGAAUGCCAAAGUGCUGAAGCAGGAGAGGGAGAGGUUACGGUAUGAGACGUGUGCGUAUCCCACGUAUAAACCACGAUCACAACCAUGUCCUUUAAUAAACAAGUAAACAAAUAAAUAAAUAAAUAAAUAUAAAUCCAGAUUAAGCUGAUUUUAAAGCAGCUUUAAGCGCUUUCUCAUUUCCUCCAACAAUAACAGCCGAAUCUUUAAUCGUGCUUUUAUGAUGUCAUCUUGUGGUUUGUGACAUCAUCAUGUGGUUUGUGACAUCAUCACAUGAUUUAUGAUGUCAUUCAUCCUGUGACUGGAGCUCCCCUGAACAGAUUUUUGGGAUUGUCCUUGUCUUCUCAGAUCAGGACACGUGUCGCUCCUUCAGACGCUUCCCUGUCACACCUCCUCCACCCAGGAGCGUGGCCCCGCCCCCUACGCAGGCCGCCUCCUACUUCAGUUUGAAGUAACCAUGGCAACGAUAUUAUGAUUGCAUUGAGUUGUGUAACUGAUUAUUGACACACAGGAGCACUAAACACUUCUGAUUAUCUUCAGGUGAAGUAACAGUGUGUGUGUGUGAGAAAGAUCCACCUGAGAGAACUUCCAUUUUUACAGCAAAGCAUUUUGGGAUACGAUGUAGAGAUAAAAGUCAAAUUCAGUGGAAAUAAAUUCUGUUCUGAACACUG